UAAAACGAAACAUAUUCUUGGAAACUUUAUUUUUUACAAUACGUUAUCCAACACACCUAGUUCUUUAAAAAAAAAAUCCAUUGCGUAUUGACCGAUCUUUCUGGGCCGUAACAAUGGUUUUGAAAGAAUUAUUUCUCUUGCUGUUUGUCAAUUGUCUUCAUUCUAUUGUAGAAAGUGCAGAUUGUUCUACUCAAUCGUGCUUAACUCGGUUGUACAAUUCAAAAGUACUAAGUGCUGAAUAUUUUACCAGACCACUUGGUUCCAGUUCUUCGGGUUCGUCUAAACCAUCAUCUGGCUCUUCUAGUGGAGGUUGGUUUUGGCGCCGACGGUCUUCGUCUAGAUCUAGCAGAUGGUUUGGGAAGAGAGACUGGGAUUAUCAUCUCCAUCAUGCAGGUGUGGUAGUCACCAUCGAUCGGUAUGUUGUUGGAAGAAAUCGUUGGCUAAUACAUAAAGGAAAUAACUAUGGCGAUAAAUGGGACACCGUUAUCACAGACGCACAAAAUAUGAACAGCAGAACGUGGACUCGAACCAAAUCAAGAGGUGUUGGCGCUUGUAAAAAGAUAGUGAAUGACUUUCUCCGGGCAGCAAGAAUACAUUCUGAUUACAGGUUAACAGGUCCAAACUGUCAAACAGCAGCAAACGGAAUGUGGAACAUGAUUGACAGAUACUGUUAAAAACUGAAAUUAACAUAAAAUAAAUCAGUACUGCAAGAUAA